AUGGCAGUCUCUCUGCGCAAGAUACUUCUUUUGGGAGCUGCGGCUGUUGGCACAGCAUCUGCAGCUAUCAUGGCCACGCCUUCAGAAGUCACUCCAGCUCGAAGCUACACCAAGACCCACGUCACAAUUCUGGAGAAGAGAGCUUGCCAGACUUACACGUUUGCUGGACCAGCUCCCUGCCUCUCGAGCUCCUGCUCCCAAGAGUUUCUGACCACCAGCGUGUGUGACGAUGUUGCGCCAUACCCUGGCGCCACAGGGACGCAGUUCGAAAUCACUACUGCUACGGAUGGAAAGCACACCGGUUCGUGGACUUACACUGGUAAGCAGGCCGCGACUGUCUCGGUUCCCAACCCAAGCGGCUUGGCCGAACAUCCAGCUCAGGAGAAUUGGACUUUCCAGCUCACGGAUGAACUGAAAGGAAAGAUCAUCGACGCUCUCAACGAUGCCUGCGCAAAUUCGGGCCAGUUCAGCCCGGACAAAGUACGCCGUGAUCCCGGAACCCCAAUCUGCAAUGUUCAACAGCUGGGGGCCCUCGAGGCUGGCUACGGAUAUGAUCAAGGCCCAGAUUCACUCGUUCUCCUGUUCCAACCAAUCAUCAUAGCAGCUGGCGGUGUUGGGUACGCCAUGGAAGUAGGUCAGGCGUAUGCGCGGAGGGCACAUGCGAUCACCAACAUUCGUGGUGUUUUGGCCACUGUGGCUGCCGUCGCAAUGGUCUACCAACUUGGCGAAGUAGGCUACCUGACAAAUCAGCUCGAAGUUCCACCAAACAUCAUCAACGAUGUCAUCGAAGACUCGAACAAUCACGUCGACAUCCCAGAUGCUGAGCAUGACGGCGGGGGUGGCAAUGGGGGCGGCUCAGAGGAAGAAGGUAAAUCAUGCCCGAUCGAUGCGACAAUCAACCCGGACGACGACCAAGGUCAGGAUGGCAAUCCUCCUGAUGAUAUCCAGAACCCCUUGGGGGGUGGCGGUUCGGCUCCAGAAACAUGCGCCACAACCAUCUUAGCACCAACACCCAUCUGCACACUGACGCGUCAGUCCAACAAUCCGUACAGACCUAGCCAGCAAUGCCUGUGUCCUGACAAUGGCAGCACACGAACGGUCUCAGCAAGCACAUCCACAAUUACAACCUGCGAUGGCAACGGGAGUGGGACUCACAUCGACGUGUGCCCCUGGACGACUCCACCCCCGACGUCGAUGGACGUCCCAAUCUGCCAGACUUCUACACAGUCAGGAUUCUGUACUCCGACAGUUCGACCCAAGUCGUGGAACCUCCCAGAGACGACGCCAUCGCACUAUUGCGCAUGCUCAAGCAAAGGCAUGGACAAGGCGGAGCUGUACUAUCCAAGCACUGCUGUAGUGGAAGUCUGCUCGGAGGGACAAGCCGACAGAGUCUCGAAGACCAAGACUCUGGUCUGUCCCUACACUACUACGCCUCCGACUGCUUCCAAGAUCUCGUUCCCCGCACCUGCCACUAAGACAUACGCGGGUGGUGAAUAUCCGGAAGUGAACGUCCUGAAGCCGUUCUGUAAUAAGUUCAAACUCACGGACUACGGAAAGGAUUACACCAACGGCUAUUCCCAACUUGGUCUAGAGGAGAAGGUCAAGGACUUCUGCAAGAAGGCAGCAGAUCGCAACGACGAGUUCGGGCCCGACGACGUCGAGCGCAGCAUGUACCGCCACUACGUGAUGAAGGGCAGUAUGCCAGACCCAAACAAGAACGGCGAGAUUGUCAACCAGGCAUUUCCGGAGGGACCCAAGGCUGAGAACGUGGCCCUCUUCGCUCAUUACGAGGAGAAAGCUUGCCCGGUCGGCGACGACACUAAGGUCUUCAAGUUCAAGGGCAACGAGGCGAAAUGCCAGCAGAACCUGAUCGCAGCUGCAGUGGAGUGUCAAUUCUUCAAGCGCGGACAUGACAUGACACACCAGUAUACCUUUUACCCUGGAGGUGGACGUUAUGCCGAUUGCAUGUGGUGGGAGAUCUCGGCGGAGCUCAAGUUCAGCUACGAGAGCGAUGUUGAUUCGAUCAACCCAUGA